ACCUCGCCGGCGCCGGAACUAAGCGGCGCCGCGACGGAAGCACAAGGCAGAAGGGUCCCGCUGGAGCAGUCGGCGGCAUGGGGCAGUCUGGGCGGUCCCGGCACCAGAAGCGUGCGCGCGCCCAGGCGCAGCUGCGCAACCUCGAGGCCUACGCCGCGCAGCCGCACUCCUUCGUGUUCGCGCGGGGUCGCGCGGGUCGCGGCGUCCGGCAGCUCAGCCUGGACCUGCGUCGGGUCAUGGAGCCCCUGACCGCCACCCGCCUGCAGAUACGAAAGAAAAACACCCUGAAGGAUUGUGUGGCAGUCGCUGGGCCCCUUGGGGUCACACACUUCCUGAUCUUGAGUAAAACCGAGACUAACAUAUACUUUAAGCUGAUGCGCCUCCCAGGAGGCCCCACCUUGACCUUCCGGAUCGACAAGUACACGUUAGUGCGUGAUGUCAUCUCCUCCCUGCGCCGACACCGCAUGCACGAGCAGCAGUUUGCCCACCCACCCCUCCUGGUGCUGAACAGUUUCGGACCCCAUGGCAUGCACGUGAAGCUCAUGGCCACCAUGUUCCAGAACCUGUUCCCCUCUAUCAAUGUGCACAAGGUCAACCUAAACACCAUCAAGCGCUGCCUUCUCAUCAAUUACAAUCCGGACUCCCAGGAGCUAGAUUUUCGUCAUUAUAGUAUCAAAGUCGUUCCUGUGGGCGCAAGUCGUGGGAUGAAGAAGCUUCUACAGGAAAAGUUUCCCAACAUGAGCCGUCUGCAGGACAUCAGUGAGCUGUUGGCCACGGGCGCUGGGCUGUCCGAGAGCGAGGCGGAGCCGGAUGGCGAGCACAACAUUACAGAGCUGCCCCAGGCUGUGGCAGGCCGCGGCAACAUGCGGGCCCAGCAGAGCGCCGUGAGGCUCACUGAGAUUGGGCCUCGGCUGACACUGCAGCUUAUCAAAAUCCAGGAGGGUGUGGGGGAGGGGAACGUGCUGUUCCACAGUUUCGUGCACAAGACAGAGGAGGAGCUGCAGGCCAUCCUGGCAGCCAAGGAGGAGAAGCUGCGGCUCAAGGCCCAGAGGCAGGCCCGGCAGGCCCAGGAUGUCCAGCGCAAGCGGGAGCAGCGGGAGGUCCACAAGAAGAAGAGCCUGGCAGGCAUGAAGCGGGCCCGGGCAGGGGCCGAUGGGGAUAGCGAUGCUGAGGACCCCGGUGUCCCCCCAGAGACGGAGGGGGCUGGCCAGCGGGAUGACGACGACGACGAAGCCGAGUAUUUCCGCCAGGCAGUGGGAGAGGAGCCCGAUGAGGACAUGUUCCCGAAGGCAGCCAAACGAAGACGGCCUGCUGGGCCUGUAGGCAAGAAGCAGCAAGGAAGGGAGCAGAGGCCCGGUGCUCUGUCUUGCCCAACCAACUUCUCGGCAGCCAUUGACCGCAUCCUCAGUGGCUUCCAGGAAGGCUUUCUGUGGCCCCUGCUGGUGGUGGAGUUCCUGGUGGCUGUAGCCAGCAACGGCCUGGCCCUCUACCGCUUUAGCACGCGGGAGCAGCGCCCGUGGCACCCAGCUGUGGUGUUCUCGGCCCAGCUGGCCCUCAGCGACCUGCUCUAUGCCCUGACGCUGCUCCCACUGGCCGCCUACUUCUACCCGCCCAAACACUGGCAGUACGGGGAGCUGGCCUGCUGCCUGGAGCGCUUCCUCUUCACCUGCAACCUGCUGGGCAGCGUCUUCUUCCUCACCUGCAUCAGCCUAAACCGCUACCUGGGCAUCGUCCACCCCUUCUUCACCCGCAGCAACUUGCGGCCCAAGCACGCCUGGGCCAUCAGCGCCGCCGGCUGGGCCCUUGCAGCCCUGCUGGCCGCGCCGACACUCAGCUUCUCCCGCCUGAGGCGGCCGCCGGAGCAAGGCAAAUGCACGGUGGCCAGCCCCGAGGCCUGCACCAGGUGCCUGGGGACAGCGGGUGAUAGCCGCCUUGAGGCCUACAGAGCCUACAGCUUGGUGCUGGCAGCCCUGGGCUGCGGCCUGCCCCUGCUGCUCACCCUGGUGGCCUACGGUGCCCUCGGGCGGGCCGUACUGCACAGCCACGGCAUGACGGCAGCUGAGAAGCUGCGCGUGGCAGUGCUGGUGGCCAGUGGCCUGGCCCUCUACGCCAGUUCCUACGUGCCCUACCACAUCACACAGGUGCUCAACGUGUAUGCCCGGCAGCGCUGGAGGGCCCGCUGCCCAGGCUUUGCCAACGAGACCGAGGCCACGGCAGCACUGGACCAGAGGACCUACGUGAGCCACCAGGUCAUGCGGGGCCUCAUGCCUGUGGCCAUCUGCAUCCACCCACUGCUCUACAUGGCUGUGACACCCAGCCUGGGAUGCUGCCGCCAGAGCUGCCUCAGCUGCAGGGGGAGCCACACCCUGGAGGGCACUGGGAGCUCUGGCCAAGUCCUGCCCCUCAAUGUCACAGCCACUCCCCAAACCUUGGGGCCCUAGCUCCCUGAGCCCACGACCUGACCUAGUUUGAGCC